ACUCAAGUUUUAUUUUGCCCAAUAAAAAAAUAACUCUCACAAUGGGUUAUUUUGAAAAAAAAUAUUCCAAUUUUUGUCUAUUGGAGAAGGAAAUUUCUCUCCCAUUAAAAAAAUCCAAUCGCAAAGCCUUUUUGAUGCAGCUAUUGGAUCCAGAGUCUCUUUUGUUGCUGGAGUCCAUGCCAGAGUCCGUCAGGCCAAGAUGUCGGCGCUGAAACAACCACCCAUCCAGCAAACCUUGUAAACGGCCACUCGAGCGCGUGAUGCCAUUCCAAGAGCAGAUCCGGAAGUAGACCCUAAAAGGCCGGCGUCGGGGAUGAGAUAUCCGGUCGCCAUGGACGCGGCAUGGGCGCGUCGUCAUCUCACGGAGAAUUCGACUCUUUGGAGUCGUUAAUUGGGCCCAGAGCUGCUUCGUAACCUUUGGAGAAAUACCUGGCGCCGAUGAGCUUUAUAUUACAGCUCGAAGCGUUGAAAUUCUUACUGGAUUUCUACUCUCCCUUCCACCAACUCGGAAUAGGGCCAAGGCCAGAUUCGUCAAAGCUCAGAAUCCAGUGAUUGCCAGAAAGACCACCAUGGACGGUAACCCACUUGACGGAAUUUUCUCUUGCAACGAGCUAAACGACAUCAGAUGUCCUCCCCACAAUGGGCCCUCAUAAUUAAACGGCCGAACCCGCAGACGUUGAGGACUAUAAUCGCCUGAAGUUAUGGUCCUCAUGGUCGACAACUAUCCGGUGCCUCAUUAGUUCUAUCUCCCUCCGCUGCACAUCACCACUCAUGUCUACGGUUGAUCUGUGGUUUUUUAAUUUCUGCCACCACCACCAUUGGAGAUCUUCCCGACAUAGCUCAAAUCAUGUUGUUGUGCUGGGCAAUCCUGACCAACUAUUUCUAGCGUGGAAGUCCAACUAUGGGUCACAUAUUUCUUCAUCUGGAAAAAUUCUGGAUCAUUAAUCCAUGGACUCUUCAUCGCUGCUACUGUUGAAGUCCAUACAUGGCUCGCUCUGCAGUUGAUGUUUGCCUUCACUGUGUUGCACCCAUUCUGCUCCAACCUGGAAGUUUCAACCCUAAGGGGAGGAAAACAAAUAAAGAAAAACAAAUUAGAGAGAAGAGCAUGUGGCGGACAUAGUAUAAAGCACCCACAUGAUUGAUUGAGUUAAUUUAUUCAAAUCUGGUGGAAUCAAUGGCCAAACAUGGAGAAGGAGUUUGAUUGAUGACCCCACCACCACAUGCAACAAGGAAAGAGCAAUGAUACUUUCAUUAAAUGGUUACCACAUGUGGUGGCCACAAAGGAAUAAGAUUAGCUUCCCUGAAGAUAUAAGGGGCAUGCACUAUCCUUUACAGUGAUAAUCGAGGAAUGGCCCACAUGAAGAUUUGAGGUCCGGUAAUUAUUUGGAGAAAGACUGAGACACAGGCCCAGCCUGGCACGCUGGUUACUACACUGGUCUUGCUCAAUGUGAUUAUGAAAUAAAGGAAAGGAAGACUGAGACACAAGUCGAGAUUGAAAAAACAUCUGAUUCAAGAAAUUAGAGAAUUGAUGAAGACUCGAAGGACUAACAAUAUCAACCAGUCAAGAAUGGAAAGUAAGAAGACUGAAGAUAGAACUCGGAGGACCUGUUUACUUUUUUAAGUUGAUGAUUCUCACAACUAAAAAAAGUGGAGGACUUCUUGAUGGGAAAUAAUACGUGGCUCGGCCCACAUUUCCCAAUUAUUUACGAAGAAUAAUCAAAUCGAGCCUGUUUCAUAAAAUGAAGGAAUAAGAGAAUAUUCCUCCAAAGAUGCUCCCCCUCCCUCCUAUAAAAGGAGAGGUAUUCCAUUAAAAAGGAGAGGCCAUUUUCAUUCCUUCUCCCUGCCCAAUUCUCUCUCUCUCUAGAAUAUGUAUAAUAUAUAUUUUCUUCUUCUUCAAGAGCUUAGAAGCUCUCCAUCAAUGGCUUCCGAGCCCAAAUCAUGUACCAUGUACAACCCCCGAUAUUAAUAAAAAUCCCCCGUUUGCAAGGGCCCAUGUCAAAGGAAAGUGAUCUAUGGGGGGAAGAAGAUAGAGAUCUCGGUAAGGAUAAUGUUAUUUGUACUUCAAGAAUUUGUACCUUAUUUUGUACGUAGUAUACCGCAAGAUUGCACCAACAUUUUGUGUUGAUGUAAUGCUAACUUUUGUUAACACACCAACACUUUGUGUCAAUGUAAAUUUUUGUUAACGCACCAAUACUUUUUGUUAAUAUGAACGAUCAAAAUGUUGGUGCAUACAUUUGGUGUACAAAUGGGGUACAAAUUUUGGGGUACAUUUAGCAUGCUCUAUCUUGGUAAUGUUGGGAAAUUGAUUAAUAAUCAAAAGAAAAGAAAAAAAUAAGGAAGAGGACAAAGAAGAAAAAGAAAAUAAAAGAAAGGAACAUGCAUACGCACUAAUGCAUGUUGGAGGAUGUGUUCUCUCUUGUCUCUUAGUGAUGCAUGAUAUGGAUGCAUGUGAUGUGUGAAGAUUUUUGGCUAUAAAGGAGUUCACAUUGCCUAGCUAUGUGUGUGUGGGUUUUACACACCACCAAGGUAGAGAGAGAGAGAAACAUGGGAGGAAUUCUACACAAGAAUACCACCGGGAAAAUCCAAGGGGUCUUGGUGAGUGUGGGUGAGUGUAGGGAGUAACUGGUUUUAGUUACUCAAAGAAAUACAUCCGGGCAUAGGAUGUUGAAAGAUUUGUUUAUGAGUGUCUGGAAUUUAGCCUUGUAAACAGGGAAGAGUUUUUUGUAUAUUGUCCUGAAAUAGUGGAAAUAUAAUUUUUUUCUCUCAUAUAUUCUUCUUGUGUUUGUUCUCUCAUUUUUCUGGUGUUCUCAAUAUUUUUCGGUAUCUUACGCGCUUAAAAUCCCAACAGAAGUUUCACUCAUCUGCAUAUCCAUGUCACCCAAACACCCGGCUCUACUCCGAUUCUGCAUGCCAUUUUCAUCGAAAGCCAAAUGGAAUUCAAAUCAAGAACUGAGCUCAAAGAUCUCUCAUCCUACUCUACUUCUCAUCGAGUCCUGCAAUUCCAUGUCCCAGCUCAAGCAAAUCCAGGCCAAUAUGACAAGGACUGGCCUCAUAUUUCACACCUUCCCCGUCAGCAGACUCCUUUCCUUCUGCGCUUUGGAUGAUUGUGGAGAUGUACAUUACGCAAGGUUGCUCUUUUCACAGAUUUCAGAACCCAAUGUGUAUAUCUGGAAUACCAUCAUUAGGGGUUACGUUAAGGCUGAGCUUAGAGAAAUGGGAUUGUCCAUUUUCAGUGGAAUGAUUAGGGAAAAUAUAGAAAUGGAUGAAAGAAGCUACGUUUUUGCGCUGAAAGGUUGCAGGUUUUUAGGAGGGUUUUGUGUGGGGGAGUCGGUGCAUUGUAGGAUUAGGAAGCUCGGCUUUUGUGAAUAUUUGGUCGUGAAGAAUUGUUUGAUUCAUUUUUAUGGCGAGAGUGGAAGGAUGCUUUGUGCGAAGAAGGUGUUUGAUGAAAGUUCUGUGAGGGAUGUGGUGUCCUGGACUUCAUUAAUGGAUGGGUAUGUGAAAAAGAGUAUGGCUGGUGAGGCAUUGGCAUUAUUUCGUACAAUGUGUUGCAGUGGGGUUGAGCCGACCGAGGUUACAAUGAUAGCAGUGUUCUCUGCAUGUGCGCAGAAGGGGGACUUGAAGUUAGGGAAGUACUUUCAUGCUUUUAUGGAGAAGAGAGGUAUGAAAUGCCGUGGUCUGAAUUUGCUGAAUGUGAUACUGGACAUGUAUGUAAAGUGUGGUUGUUUGCCUAUGGCUAAAGAGCUGUUUGGGAAGAUGGAAGAAAAAGAUGUUUUUUCAUGGACAACUAUGAUAAACGGGCAUGCCAGGUAUGGGGAAGUGGACCUAGCAAGGAGGUAUUUCACUGACAUGCCCCGUAGAAGUGUUGUGUCAUGGAAUGCGAUGAUUGCGUGCUAUUCACAGAACAACAGACCUGGGGAGGCCUUGGAGCUUUUUCAUGAAAUGGAGAGAGAAGGUGUGGUGCCCAUGGAGAGCACUUUGGUGUGUGUGCUCUCUGCUUCUGCUCAAUCAGGCUCCUUGAAUAUAGGCAAACGGGUUCACGAUUACUAUGUUAAGCAAAGGAGGAUUCAGUGCAGUGUAAUUCUGGUGAAUGCGCUAAUUGAUAUGUAUGCAAAAUGUGGGAACAUUGAUGCCGCUGAGGAACUCUUCACUGCAAUGACCCAAAGAGAUUUGGUGUCCUGGAAUUCAUUGAUAGUCGGUUGUGCUUCUCACGGGCUUGCUGAGAGGGCACUCUCUCUUUUUGACCAAAUGAUGACUUUAGAGUUUGUUCCGGAUGAGAUCACAUACGUAGGGGUUCUCUCGGCAUGCGCUCAUGGGGGAUUGGUGAACGAAGGCUGGGGGCAUUUCAGGAACAUGAGAAAAUUCGGGUUAAUGCCAGUAAAAGAGCAUUAUGCAUGCCUGGUUGAUUUGCUGAGCAGAGUUGGGCGACUCGGGGAUGCAUACGAGGUUAUAAGAACAAUGCCUAUGGAAGCAGAUGCAGCUGUUUGGGGUUCCCUUCUCAAUGGUUGCAGAAUGCAUGGGAGUGUUGAGUUAGGAAGACUCUCCGGUCUAAAGCUCUUAGCUUUGGACCCUGAAGACAGUGGCAUCUACAUGCUUCUUGCAAGUCUAUUUGCAAACGAGCGAAAAUGGGUUGAUGUGAGCGAGUUCAGAAGCAUGAUGAGAAGUAAAGGGGUCAAGAAGAACCCGGGGUGUAGCUCAAUAGAAGUGGAGGGAAGGUUUCAUGAGUUUGUUGCUUCAGAUAGGUCACACCCUCAAUCCAAAGUUAUACGUAAGGUGCUUGAUGAGAUUUUCUUCGUGUCGAAAUUGGAAGACCAACACCAUACACUGCAAAUGUAAUUCAUGACAACAGCCUGUUUGCCUAGUCCAUGCAAUGUCCCAUGAUUUUGUCCUUAGUCUAGUAACUUUGCUGAUUAGUUCUGCCAAGAGGAUAAAUUAUGUGUAUACCUAGGGUGUCGGUCUAUGAAACCGUAGAGGCAGUUAAACAUCUGUGGUGCAGAACGCGGAAACAAACCAACUGUAAUAUGUAUGUGCGAUAAAUGUAUUAAAUUUGG